UCUCUACUUUUUUGUUUUGUUUUCUAAACACAUCUUUACGUCUACUUAAGUACAGUGUGAGUACAGUUGCCACUUCUGCCGUUUUGGUGUUAUACAGUGCAUCUUACUUCAUUAAUUCCUACUAAGUGAAAAUAAAUCUAUUUUAUAUUUAUAAUAAUGCAGCUAUCGUGUAAAUUCAAGAUGGAAAAAAAUGUGGGCCUAAUGGGGGCAAUCCAACUUUGAAAGUCCUUACUCAGAUGACGUUCUUCUUUCUUUUUUUCUUCGUUUUUUUUUUUGGUCUCGUGCGGUAGCUAGUUGUAGCCGUUAGCCUUAAUUGUUGCUAAGCUAGCUGUUACUUGGAUGCAUUUUAGUUUUCUUCUCCCUUGUUCAAACAAUUUGAGACAUUUUAAGGUGUCAUUCUAACUUUUAGUGUACUAUAUGGCUCUGUUAAACGGUGUAAAUCUUGAUAAAUUAAUAGAAGAAUACACCGUACUUGAAAAUACAAUUACAGAGUUAAAUGGCAAAGCCAUCCUGUUGGAGACGAUGCUAGACGACGCUAAAAGACACGUGAAAUGUUAUGAGACCAAGGAAAAAGUUGCCACAGAAGAAAGGGAUGCCCUACUUGCCACAGUGAACAACCUGCAGCAGGCUUUACAGGAGCAGUGCGAGCUCAGAGUGGCGAAUGAGACAUUGAGGCGCAAUAUGGCAGUCUUGAGGCAACAAAGUAAAAGAACAGCAGAGGAUGGAAAGGCUGAGAUCCAACGACUGCUCGGUGAAAUGAAAGCACAGACAGAGAGCCACAAGAGGGGGCUAGAGACUGUAACGCAAGAGUGCCGGCGACAGCUGGCGCAGGCCCACAAAGAAGGUUUUAGUCAACUGCAAGCCAAAGAGGCUGAAUUUAUGAAGUUAGUGGAGCAAAAGGAUCUGGAUCUGGAGGAGAUGAGCAGGAAGCUAAAGGACCAGGAGAGAAAACAGCAAAGUGAGCUUUUGAAGUUGCAAGUGGAGUUUGGUGAAAAGUUGGGAAGAAUUCAGAAUACUGCUCAGAUGAGCCAGUACCAGCAGAAAAACCAUGACUCUGUUUUUACUGCACAACAUUUCUUCAAGAGGCGGGUCGUCGGCGCGCUCACGUCUGGCGAAGGUGUGCUGGGAGCGGCCACGGCCAGCGCGACAAGUCAUCGCGGUGGGUUCGUUUGAUUUAGAUUUUUGUCUUCCCAGUUCCACUCCACAUACCAGCCCCUCUGCCCCCUGACCCUCACGGCCCCUGACAGUAUGCUGUGAGUGGCCACGGCGGCCAGCUGGUCGCCCAUCCCGGUACUAUCAUUGUCAAGCACAAUUCACCAAGCGUUGGAUUGUUGGCCCACUUACUCUAUAGGGAACCUGAUGGGUGGGUGAAAAUUUAAAAGAGAGGGGGGAUAUUUUUAGGUUAUUCAUGCUUGUCAUCCGCUCCCAUUCAUUUGAAUUGAACCUGGCACAAUGAAUGAUCAUUGCUGACGACAAUGAAUGCAAGCUUCACUAUUUCAUCCAGUGUUACAUCAUAAAUUAUGAAUAUGGUUUAGUAUUGUUUUAAAACACAACAUGUCAACUUUGCAGACUGCAUAUGUAUGGCUAAAGACUGGCUUGCUUAAAACCUGGAAAUGCCCUGUUGCCGUUCCACUUUGUUGAGUGGGUGGGUACCAACCACGAUGUGGGCAGGUACUUGAGUAUGAAUUGUCAAAGCUACAUGAAACAGUCUGUGAUUUCAAAUUCACCCGUUUUGCCAGCCUUAUGCUGUUUAUUGUCUUUUGCCUUCAGUCGACAAACCGCAUAGAUGUCAAACCAUGUAACAGACUCAUUUUGACCAAUGUGCAUAAAACAAUAGAACAAAAAUGGAUUCUGAUGGAAGGAUUUGACAAACAUCUGUUAUUUGUUAUUAGAUUCAUUUUACUUAGAAUAGAUAGGAAAAUGCCUUACUUCCAUAGUGACUGUAGGCCAGAGAAUAAACAAUCGUUGAAUUUUCAAAAAAAAAAAUGGAGGCAGUCUUGUAGGUCAUAACUCAUACAGUAUAUUAGCAAAUGUUCUGGGAAAUGUAAUCUUUGUGUCCAGGAUGUGCAUGU